AUGGCUCCCCACGCAAGCUCGGAUGUUGCCAAUGGCGCCGUGAACGGGUCGGCUCGCCAAGAACCCUCCCCUCUGUUUACUGUCAACUCGCCUAAUGUCGUCUAUACACCGGACGAGAUCAAGAGUCACUAUGCCUACCACACCACUGAGGUGACUCGCUCCGCGGAUAACCAGCUGGUGGCCACCCCCAAGUCGUCCAACUACAACUUCAAGGUUGACCGCAAGGUCGGCAAGGUCGGUAUGAUGCUGGUCGGCUGGGGUGGAAACAACGGCUCCACUGUGACUGCUGGCAUCCUCGCCAACCGCCGCGGCCUGUCCUGGGAGACCCGCGAGGGCAAGCAGGCAGCCAACUACUACGGUUCCGUCGUCAUGAGCUCCACGGUCAAACUGGGCACCGACGCCAAGACCAGCGAGGAGAUUAACAUCCCCUUCCACGACAUGUUGCCUAUGGUCCACCCUAAUGACCUGGCUAUUGGCGGUUGGGAUAUCAGCAGCCUGAACCUGGCCGAGUCUAUGGACCGGGCUCAGGUGCUGGAGCCCACCCUCAAGAACCUGGUCCGCAAGGAAAUGGUCGAGAUGAAGCCGCUGCCUAGUAUCUACUACCCCGACUUCAUUGCCUCCAAUCAGGAGGACCGUGCCGAUAACGUCGUUGAGGGCACCAAGGCCAGCUGGGCUCACGUCGAGAAGGUCCAGAAGGACAUUCGUCACAGCGAGUUCAAGGCUCAGAACGGACUGGACAAGGUGGUUGUCAUGUGGACCGCCAACACUGAGCGGUACGCUGACAUCAUCCCGGGCGUGAACGACACUGCCGACAACCUGAUCAACUCGAUCAAGACCGGCCAUGAGGAAGUCGCCCCGUCUACCGUGUUCGCCAUUGCCUCGAUCCUGGAGAACGCCCCGUUCAUCAACGGCUCGCCGCAGAACACCCUUGUUCCCGGUGCCCGCGAGUUUGCCGAGCAGCGCAAGGCCUUCAUCGGAGGUGACGACUUCAAGUCGGGCCAGACUAAGAUGAAGUCGGCCCUCGUUGACUUCCUGAUCAACGCCGGUAUCAAGCUCACCUCCAUUGCCAGCUACAACCACCUGGGAAACAACGAUGGCAAGAACUUGAGCUCUCAGAAGCAGUUCCGCUCCAAGGAGAUCUCCAAGUCCAACGUGGUCGACGACAUGGUGGCGGCCAACUCGAUCCUGUACGAAAAGGACGAGCACCCCGAUCACACCGUCGUCAUCAAGUACAUGCCGGCGGUUGGUGACAAUAAGCGUGCCCUCGAUGAAUACUACGCCGAGAUCUUCAUGGGUGGUCACCAGACCAUCAGCCUGUUCAACAUCUGCGAGGACUCACUGCUGGCGUCGCCCUUGAUCAUCGAUCUGGUGGUGCUCGCCGAGAUGAUGACCCGUGUCAGCUGGAAGGAGGACGCCGAGGGCGCCGAGUACAAGGGCUUCCACAGCGUUCUCAGUGUGCUCAGCUACAUGCUCAAGGCUCCCAUGACCCCGCCGGGAACCCCCGUGGUCAACGCUCUGGGCAAGCAGCGCUCCGCUCUGAUCAACAUCUUCCGGGCCUGCGUCGGUCUUCAGCCCGAGUCGGAUAUGACCCUGGAGCACAAACUGCUCUAG